UCAAAUGUGACCAAAGGUGUCAAAUCUACCAUAUAAGAGGGUUCCAUCCAGUUCUAUCAUUUGAUACUAAAUCUAUUUGAGCUUGUCUCCAGUUUUACUUGGUAUAUCAUCAUCAAACUGAAACUGGCCUCAUGGAGUUUACAGCCAGAACUUUAGAGUAGAAGCGACUCUGAUGCGCUGCGGUGACACAGUCAAGGCUCCGGAGAUAAAAAGAAAGGAGGGCGGACAUUUGAUGGUAGAUGCGACUCUGCAAGACUUCAUACGGCUGGAAGUAUCUGUACUACUCCUGAGGGAUCUGGAGAUCAUGGAGUGGUAUGUCCUGGUGCUGAUGCUGAGCCUGCCGCCCUCCAUCCGCGCAAAUUGCUCUUCACAGUGUCAGAAAUGCGUCCAGCAGAUCCUGAGCCCCGACGCCGCCUUCAGCAGACUGUCGUGCAGUGCGGGCUGUGAGGGGCAGCUGGAGAGCUGCGGCCAGGCGGCUCCGGGGCUGGCGGACUUCAGCCAGGAUGAAGGUGCUGAGGAGGAGGAGAGCCAGCAGGCGGACCUGGUGAAGCGCUACGGCGGCUUCAUCAAGAGGAUCGACAAGAACAAGAACAAGAUCUUCGCGUCUCCGUGGCGUGACAAUUACAUCGUGAAGCCCGGCGCGCUGCCCAAGAAAUACGAGGAGUUGUUGAAGAGGCUGGGGGAGAGGGGCGCGGAGGCGGACGCGCCGCAGGACGCAGACGAGGCUCCGGAGGAGGAGGAGGAGGAGGAGGACCUCGUGGUGCCUCACGGUUACGCCAAACGUUACGGAGGCUUUUUACGCAAAUUCGGCAACAAGUCAAAGAGGAGUAGUUCCGCCGAGGAGGAGAACCAGGAGCCGGAAGAGCUCCAGAAGCGCUACGGAGGCUUCCUGAGGAGGAUCCGACCCAAGUUGAACAACCUGAAGUGGGACAAGCGCUACGGAGGCUUUCUGCGCCGACACUUCAAAGUGUCCGUGCGCUCAGUGGAGGAGCCGUUUUACUCCUACGAUGACUUGAGUCUAUAGAUGACUAGAAGAACUGACAAGAACUUGUAAAUGUUCACUUGUAUUCCUCCGUUGAUCCACUCAGUAUCCUCUGCCUGCCUGUACUGGUUCCAUUCUCUCUGUGCUCCAUAAAUAAGUCUGUCUGAAAGCCAAUAAAAUGAUGCUUGUUUAAUAAAAUCA